AUGGAAGAUGACAAUACUCUGGACCAUUUCCCUCAGCUUUCCCAUUUGCUGGAAAUGUUUAGGAGCACCUACCUUGAAAUACUAAGCUUGUUCCAUGUAUUUGCUUUUAAGGAUCUGGUGAUUUUGAUUUAUCCUCUCGUAAAGUUCAAUCACCAAACACUAAUCAGAAGAUAUUCAAUCAAUGUCCUUGAGUUGUUGCGCAAUGGUAGAUACGCGGGAAACGGGUGGUCUACUUGUGAAACUGCCAAUCCUGACGAAGAUAGGUUGCAUUGCAUGUAUAAAUAUAUGUAUCCGAACUUUUUUUAA